UGAUCGAAAAACAAAAACAACCAAAAAAAAUGCAUUUCAACAAUCGAAUAUAUCAAUUACAAUCAUUAUUAGUAUUGGCCAUAAUUCUACAACAAACAAUGGCCAAUAUGCUUGAUGAUUUAUUAGGCAAAGAUGAACCAGAAGUUGUACAUCAUCAUGUAUCAGUACCGAUGAAAAUUAUCAAAGAAGUACCAUACCAUGUACCAAUGCCAAUUAUGGUCAAACAAAAACCAGAAGUGAAAACUAUUGAAGUGCCAGUAAAAGUACCGAUAGCUAUACCAGUAAAGAUUCCAGUGAAAAUUCCAUAUCCAGUUUAUGUUAAAGUACCAUAUCCAGUUAAAAUUCCACAUUAUGAAAGCUAUCAUGGUGGAUAUGGCCAAGAAAAAUAUGGUGGUGGUGGUGGUGGUGGUUACGGUACGGUGGUGGACAUGGCGGCGGAUAUUAAAAACGAAACCUUGAUUGAUUCAUGA